AUGGCCACUAUUGCGACCACGAUCAACUCUUCGUCGCUGACGCAAUACUACAGCCCGGAUGUGACGGGGCAGUGCUUCACUAUGAAGUCUUGUAAGCUCCAGGGCAACUUCCCAAAUCGUGGCUUCUGUGUCUCCACGGUCUCGAUGCCAGCAGACGAAGAGGGCCCUGGCUCAGCAUGUUAUGAUGUUUGCAAUCCGAACCAUCAGCCGUUAGACUACACAGUGAAUGGAAACGGUGAGGGGGACUUGGCCAACCACAUUUCCCAGGCCUUUGGGGACUCUAGGAAUCCGGCACGAGUGCCAGGUGGAGAGACGCGGUAG